AUGGAAAAAUGCUGCUAAUUAAUUGAAAGACAAAAGUAUUCAGAAGCAUUGAAAUCAUUAAUCUAAAUUUUAAAAAAUGAAAUUAAUGCGCCUAAAUUGAAUACAAUACAUUUUAUUCACUUGAUUCUUAGUUAAAGUUAAAGAUAUAAAUAAGUCUAAAUAAAAAUAUUAGAACUGUUAAGCCCUGAACUUAAUUAAGAAGAGAAAUAUUUUAACUUAGCUUUUGAUUUAAUCAAUUUAUACAUAGAUUAGAAUAAUUAUGCUUCAGCCAAAAGUAAGUUAAAAUAGUUAAGAAGAUAUAUAUAAAAAGUUGAAAAUAACCUUGUUUUUAUGUAUAUGAUUGAAUAGAUGGAAAUUUUAUUAUCGCAUAAGCAAAAGAAUAUAAAUUAAAAAAAAUAAGUAAUUCUCUUUGAUUAAUAAAAGCUUGAAACAUAUGGGGAAUUAAGUAAACAAGAGAGGACAUUGAAUUAUUUUGAAUAUGAUGGUAUGCCAGUGUAUUUGAUUCCAGUAAGAUGGUUGAAUAAAUGGAAAAGUUAUGUAACUGAGACCCCAAUAUAAUCAAACAGUGAUUGUUUAAAUAUUGAGAAUGAAUUAGAUACAUUAACUAACUUAUUAAAAAUAUAAAUAGAUGUUGAAAUUGAAGAAUAAGUAAUACAUCCAGGUCCAAUAAAUGGAUUUAUAUUAAUUUAUGUGAUGCAAUAAAUUGAUUUAGAUUUAUUUGAACCCAAAAAACAUACUAAUUAUUUUAUAAAGGAAAAUUUAAGAGAAGGAAUAGAUUAUAUUAAGGUAGGUUUUAAAAUAUAUGAAUAUUUAAAAAAGAUUUAUGGUGGAUUUGAUGUUAAAAGAAUGAUAGUUGAACAUAGCCAAACCUAAAUUAGAUAUGUAGAUGUAAAUUUAUUUAAUUUAUAUUAAUAAUAGUUAAUACUUAGAUAAAUAUAAUUUAUAUUCUUCCCAGCGGAUUAUCCUAUUGAAGUUAGAGUUAUAACUGCAAAUAAUAAAGAUUUUAUAUCAGACUUAUCUUAAAAAGUAAUGAGAAUAUUUAAAUUUUAAAAUAAACUUAGAUGGUGGAAAUUUAUCAAUUUAGAAGAAUAAAACAAAUUUAUGUAGAAAAAAAAUUAAUAAUUUUUGAAUGGAUAUUUAUUAGAAAAAUCAACUCUAAUAGAGGAAAUUAAUUUUACUAAUUCUGAUAUAUUUAUUUGUGAAGUUAAAGUUAAUAAGGAUUGGGAUUUGUCAAAUAAGGAAAAUAAGGAGAUGUAAUAUCAAUUGGAAAAUACAUCUAUUAUUUCAUAGAAUAAUUAUGAUUUUAAUCCACUUAAUGUUAGACGAGAAUCCUAUAGAUAUUAUAUGGCUUACGAUUCUAUUGAUGAGGAAGAUAAUCAUGAAUAAACAAUUAAAUCUGGGCUGACAGGAUUAUAAAAUUUAGGUAAUACAUGUUUUAUGAAUGCUGCAAUACAAUGUUUAAGUAAUACUUAUGAAUUCACUGAAUUUGUAUUAAGUAAAGAGUUUUAAAAUUAAUUAAAUAAAUAGAAUCCUUUAGGAACUAAAGGACUUUUAGCAUCAACCUAUUGUGAUUUAAUGAAAUCUAUGUGGUUUGGAAGUGAUAGUUCUAUUAGUCCAUAUUAAUUAAAAAGAGUUAUUGAUAAAUUUGCUCCUCAAUUUUAUGGUUAUGGAUAACAUGAUUCUCAUGAAUUUUUAUCCUAUUUACUUGAUGGAUUACAUGAAGAUUUAAAUAGAGUCUUAAAAAAACCAACAGUUAAAGAUAUUGAGAUUACUAAUGAAUCAGAUUUAGAAGCUUCUUAAAUAUUUUGGAAUAAUUAUCUUCUCAGAAAUUAAAGUUAAAUUUAAGAAUUAAUGGUAGGUCAAUAUAAAUCAACAAUAAUAUGUCCAAAUUGUUAAAGAGUAUCUAAAUCUUUUGAUCCUUUUAUGAGUCUAUCACUUCCUAUCCCAUCUUACACUCUCCUUCAUAUAUCUUUAUAUUUUAUUUACUCACAUGAAUCUACUCCUUUAAAAAUUUAACUUAAUAUUAAAAGUGAUUAAGAUUUGAAUCAAAUCUCUUAAGAAUUAUCAAAAGUAUUGGAUAUAAAUGAAGAUUAAAUGAAUUUUGUUUUAAUUAAAGAUCAUUUAGUUAUUUAGAGAAUUUAAAAAUAUUCAAAUGUUAAAUAAUUAUUUUAAAAUGAUGGUUAAUUAUUUGUAUUCUAAGUUGAAAAAGAAUACUAUUCUUUAGAAGAAGAUUAAAUUCAUGUUGAAUUUUAUUUUUGUUCUGGUCGAGAGAAUUUUAAUUAAAAGAAUAAAAUUGUAACAUUUCCAAGGUAAUGCAUUGUUACAAAAACUAAUCAAAUAAGUUAUCUAUAUUAUCAAAUUUAUAAACAAUUUAGAAGUCAUUUUAUGUUAAUCUUAGAAGAAGGUUCACACUUCUUAAAAGAAAAUAUUAAACUUGAUUAAAUUAGUUAAAAAAUACCUGAAUCAUAAGAAGAAUUUAUUCAAGAAUUCAAAUUAUAUUCAGAAGUACCUUUUUAACUAUUUUAUAAUGGAAAAUAAUUAAGUAUUGAUAGCUAAGAAGAUAUCGAAAGCUUUCAUACAAAAUUAUUAUAUAUUCAUGUUAUUUUAAAUCCUUUGAUUACAAGAUAAGAUAUUAAUAAUCUAAAAUUUUAAAAAUGUAAAGAUUUUGUAAUUGAAUAAAACAGACAAUAGAGAAAUGGAUAAUAUUCAUUAGAAGAUUGUCUUAGAUAAUUUGCAAAAUAAGAAAUUUUAGAAAAAGGAGAUGAAUGGUAUUGUAUGAAUUGUAAAACUCAUGUUCAAGCAGCUAAAUAAAUGGAAAUUUAUAAAGCACCUUAAGUUCUAAUAAUUCAUUUAAAGAGAUUUAGGUCAGCUUAUAAUAAAUCCAAUAAUAAUUAUAAUUAUUUUAUUACUUAAGGAGCAUAACAAAAAAUUACAGCAAUGGUCAAUUUUUCUAAAACUCUUGAUCUAAAUAAUUAUGUUCUAUCAAAGGUAAAUGAUAAUGACUCUAUAGAUUACACAUAUGAUUUAUAUGGAGUAGAAAAUCAUCUAGGAGGCUUAGGAGGAGGACAUUAUACAACAUAUGCAUAUAACUCAAUAAUCAAAUAAUGGGUUGAGUACAAUGAUUCAAGUGUUAGAUUAAUGAAAUCAGAUAUUGAGAGUGAAGCAGCUUAUCUUCUUUUUUAUAGAAGAAAAAGCUCAGUUCAAUAAAAUAUAUGA